UUCCCGACAAUGAUCAAGACAGCGGUGAGUAGCUUAAUUCAGUGAUCUAGACUACGAAUACUGUUAGAGUUCUGGUAAACAGAACUUGAAAGAGUAGAAGUGAGUAGAGGCUGAGGAUAUUCGUGUAAUUUGUAUAAUAUUCUGUAAUAUCUAUUUAUUUCUAAAAAGUUUUCGUAUAGAAUAUAAUUCCCACAGAUCCGUGAACGCAUGCGUAUGUAAUCUAAUACAUAUCUACGUCUUAGUCUGCGUUCUUGCCUUCUUUUCAAUUACGCCAAAAUGCAUCGUCCUUCUUAUGGCAGCCGCGGCGUCUGCUGGAUUACUCCACGCCGCCCCCUUGGUGGCUGCGCCAGCGGCGGUUGCUGCUCUCCCAACACCGAUCGUAACCGCUAGAAGCAGCCAGGUCGUUGCUAGGAACUACAAUACAUUCGCUGCUGCGCCACUCGCAGCUUAUGCCGCCGCCGUACCUGCAGCUGUACCCGCAGCUUUACCAGCAGCCGCGUCGGCACCCAUCGCUCUAGCUGCACCGGCUGCACCAGUCGCACCGCUGCCAUACGCUGCGCUCACCUACGCUGCUGCUCUAUGAUUCCAUCCUUAAUAAUUGGACCUGCUCUACCUGAUCUACUUAGUUUUAAGCCUCUUGUUUUUAUGCAAUAAAUUGGCAAAAAAAAAAAAAAACCAAA